UGUCAGAGUUUGUUGUUGAUUAUUCUGCAAAGCGUGAGUUCCGAUUUGUUUACGGUGCUAUCCGCCAGCUGUUCGCUGGAGACUGUGUUUUGAUCCAGUAUUCAAGAAGGAUGUCGUUCCGUUCCGGAGAUCAGGUAGCCUUGAGUUUCCACGAAUCGUGUCUGCGGCUGUCGGAUGUGGAACUGCUGAAGGGGCCGUACUGGCUGAACGAUCAGAUAAUUUCGUUCUACUUCGAGUACCUGGAGAAUCUGAUCUUCAAAGAUGAAGAAGAUUUGCUGUUUGUCAGUCCAGAAGUGACCCAGUGCAUCCGGAUGGUGUCCGAGGCGGAGGUUGGCAUAUUUCUGGAACCGUUGAAAGCUGCGCAGAGGUCGUUUAUAUUUUUUGCACUGAACGAUAACCAGAUUGCGGAUCAGGCAGGUGGGUCGCACUGGAGUUUGUUGGUGUUCUCCCGGCCGGAAAUGGUGUUCUACCACUUCGAUUCGUCGUACAACAGCAACUCGGAGAUCUGUCGGCAGUUUGUAACGGCACUGAAGCGAGCUUUAAACUGUCCCAAGGCACAGCUUCGGUCCGGAGAUUGCCUGCAGCAGAGCAAUGGGUACGACUGCGGAGUGCAUGUGCUGUGUACCGUGGACAAGGUGACGCAGCAGAUCCGGAAGACGAGGAAGAUCGAGGGCGUCAAGAGCGCCCGGUACGAUGUGAUCCGAGGCAAGCGGGAGGAAAUUCUAAACAUCAUCAUAGACCUGGGCGGGAGAAUCAACUAGAGAAUGCACCAGUUCACGAAUUCUUUCCACCGGAAGUGCUUUCUUAGCGAUUAACAGAAUAACUCCAAACCACCACCACCGGUGGACGAAAAUUCUAGUUUGCUGGACGCAGGUCAACACUUCAAUGUAGAGUAACAAAUCUGAUGUAUCGUACACUUGCUGUUUUAAAUAACUGUAUAUUUUUAGAAUGUGUUAACUUGUAGACGGAAAAUUGACGUUAUGCAUAUUUUCUAGAUUGUAGUAAUUUAUUUCACCUCAAUAGCGAUCGACGGAAUAUAGUUCUAAUUAUUCAGUUGCACAAUCUCAAGAUAAAGCAUUA